UUUUAUUUCUUUCUUUUUUUAGGAUGAAGUGUUCUUUUUUUAGGAUGAAGUGAUUAUAGAGAUUCUUCAACUCUUUCCUUGUAAAGCUUCAUGGGUUGUAGAUUAUAUAUUCCACACUCAAAGACAAUGAAACAGUAUGUUAAAAGAUCUUCCUGCCACUUUUCUCGGUCAUACAACAAUGAAAUCGACUAAACAUAUGUUCUAAACACGGGAAGAAAGAAAGCUAAGCCUUCUCUUUUUUUUUUUCUGGUUUCCUAGUAAGUAGCUGUGGCACCCAUUUAUUUUCACUUUUCUCAGGUGCUGUUUUUCUCUGACAGAUAUCAUUUCUCAUUUCUCAAAGCAAAAAAAGAAAAAAAGAAAAAAAAGAGAAACCCUUUUUUCAAUGGUGGGAAAGUUUGGUUUUUUAAGUGUGAAAAAGAGAUUAUAUUUGAUACUGCAGCUUUAAAGUUCAACCCUUUGAGGUUAAAAAGAAAGAGUCCUUUUUUGUGAAUUACAAGUUUCUUAACCUAUAAACUUGUAAAACCCUCCUUUGAAACAAAAGUGAAGAUUUUUUUUAUCUUUAGAGAAAAAUGUCAGAAGAGAAACAGGUAGAGGAAGCCAUUGUUGGGAGCUUCAAUGAACCAACUGAUCAACACGAGGAGAAAGAUGGAAGCCGUUCCGUUUUCAGUGUUAAGAACCUCCUUUGGCAUGGUGGUUCAGUUUAUGAUGCUUGGUUUAGUUGUGCUUCAAAUCAGGUGGCUCAAGUUCUACUAACAUUACCAUAUUCAUUCUCUCAAAUGGGAAUGCUUUCAGGGAUUAUUCUGCAAAUUUUUUAUGGUGUUCUUGGAAGUUGGACUGCUUACCUCGUUAGUGUUCUUUAUAUUGAAUACAGAAGCAGAAAAGAGAAAGAGAAUGUCAGCUUCAAGAACCAUGUCAUACAGUGGUUUGAAGUGUUGGAUGGUCUAUUAGGACCUUAUUGGAAAGCUGUAGGAUUAGCUUUUAACUGCACUUUUCUUCUCUUUGGAACUGUCAUUCAACUUAUAGCCUGUGCCAGUAACAUAUAUUACAUAAAUGACAAAUUAGACAAGAGGACAUGGACAUAUAUCUUUGGAGCUUGUUGUGCCACUACAGUGUUCAUCCCUUCCUUUCAUAACUAUAGAAUCUGGUCUUUUCUUGGUCUUGGAAUGACCACUUACACUGCUUGGUAUUUAACCAUUGCAUCACUUAUCCAUGGCCAGGUAGAAGGUGUAACUCACCAAGGACCAACAAAAUUGGUAUUGUAUUUCACUGGUGCCACCAAUAUACUUUAUACUUUCGGUGGACAUGCUGUCACUGUGGAAAUUAUGCAUGCUAUGUGGAAGCCUCAAAAAUUCAAGUACAUAUAUCUAUUGGCAACCCUAUAUGUGUUUACCUUAACGAUCCCAUCUGCUACUGUUGUCUACUGGGCUUUCGGUGAUCAACUACUUGAUCAUUCCAAUGCCUUCUCGCUCCUUCCACGCUCUAUGUGGCGUGAUGCUGCGGUUGUCCUAAUGUUAAUUCACCAGUUUAUUACAUUCGGGUUUGCAUGUACGCCAUUGUACUUUGUCUGGGAGAAAGUGGUGGGGAUUCAUGACACGAAGAGCAUAUGUUUGAGGGCGGCAUGCCGGUUACCUGUGGUGAUACCAAUAUGGUUCUUGGCUAUCAUAUUUCCUUUCUUCGGUCCCAUCAACUCGGCUGUAGGAUCUCUUUUGGUUAGCUUCACUGUCUACAUCAUCCCUGCUUUGGCUCAUAUGCUCACUUAUAAAUCGGCCUCUGCUCGACAGAAUGCAGCCGAGAAGCCUCCUUUCUUCCUCCCAAGCUGGACAGCGGUUUAUGCGGUGAACGCUUUUAUUGUGAUUUGGGUCUUCAUAGUUGGCUUCGGAUUAGGAGGUUGGGCUAGCAUGACAAAUUUCAUCAAGCAAGUCGACACAUUCGGACUCUUUGCCAAGUGCUACCAGUGCCCACCUACACCCUCCUCGAAACAUCACUGAACUAAAACUCGGAUUCAGACCUAAAACAUCUUCCCUUUUCAUUUUAAUUCCAACCAUAGAUCGUUAUAACAUCGUGGGGUUUGCUCUACUUUCUGCUCUCUGGUUCUGCCUGUCAUUACAAAUAAUUAGUGAUUAUGAAUGGUUGUAAUUACAAGUAAGAUUUUCUUGGCUGAUAUUUGUUCAAACAUUGGCUUAGCUUUUUUUUCACUCUUGAAACCCAAUUUGCAUGUGAGUUCAAAUCAAUCCAAAUCAUAUAAUUACAAUUUAUAAUAUUUUCUUCUUUUUAUUGUAA